AUGUCCAUAUUUAAAUCGAAACCAUUUUGGUCUAACGAGAAAUUACAAAGCGAAACAUACGAUGAAGGUAUUCAAAAUAGCUGUUGCGUCAAAGUGGAUAAAUUUAACUCGCACAAUGAUAGCGACUGCAUAAUUGCUUGUGAAGGACGACAAUUGAAGAUCUAUAAACCCAGCAAAGAGUCCGAAUCUGAUAUUAUUUUAGAAUCUGACCAAAAAGAUGUUAUCCUACAGAUUGAGACUGGAAAGUUUAUUAUGGAUUCCAGUGAUAGACAAAUUCUCAUACUGCAUCCUCAAAGUUAUGCAACAUAUUUUCUUGAGAAAAAGGAUGGACAUAUUGAUGCAGGUGUUCAAAACUACCUUAGACGCGUAUUAAAUCACUCAUUUACAAAAAAAGCGUGUAGUGUGAUUGUUGGGCCCUUUGGCGUAACGAAAAGCAGAGACCUUAUUUGUAUUCAAGCGUUAGAUGGCGCUUUGAGUUUUUUCGACCAAGACACAUUUCUCUUUAUGUGUUUGUUCGAUGAUAUUAUAAUACCAACACCUAUCGGCUAUGUGCUUAGCAAUGAUGUGUUUAUUAUUUGCAAAUCUACGUGGAUUAUGGAAAUAUACAGCUACCAGCAAUUACGCGAGUUGAGUGAACUAAGUGGCCGACAGAAUAAGAAAAACAUUCCGCAAUGGACAUAUAGUCCUGGCGAAGAAAUAUCGGCUCUUCAAGUUAUACGGACAAGUAGUACCUUUUCCAGUAUAAUCACUUUGGGAGAGCGAUAUCUCUAUUGUUUCCAGGAUAAUGGAUUGAUGAAAUUUAUGAUUCGAUUUGAUUUUAUGCCAGUUUGCUUUUACGCCUACCUUAUUGGUUGGUACUACGAACCAAAUUCAAGAUUAAUUAUAAUGGUAGUAUCUGACGAUGCAAAGCUGUAUGUCUAUGAAGACACAACGUUGUUGUGGUCGUGUGAUUUAUUAAAUAAUACAAUAGCGAUAUCUCGAUGUUUUCUCAAAAACUUAGCUGGAGGGAUUGUAACACUGUCCACGAAUGGAAUUAUAAGUGUAAGCUAUUUGGGAACGGAGCCUGAUCUGAAUUCGACUAUAGUACCGAUGACGGCCGCUACUGAACCAGAAGAUAUUCUAGCAGAGAUAGAGGCUGUUGAGGAAGCACUUGAGAAAAUUAUGGGGAACGAAGAAUCGCUCGAAAUGCCCGAGCUUGUCAAAAUAAAGAUUGAAAUGGGAAAACCAAUUGAGAGCUUCAUCGACGACUUCAAGUCAACACCCAACUGUUCAUUAAUAAUCAUCCUUACAUGUGAACCUCAACAAAUCCAGAAUAUACAAAUAACAUACUUCUGCAAACAGCCAUUUUCAUUCAGCGAUUCGUGUGUAUGCCUAGACGAUAUUAAUGGAACAGAGAUUGUCGAAACGCGAAUUUUUCUUAACGAUUUCUGUGUUUCAAAUAAUAAAAUUAAAAUUAUUUUUACAAUAACAGAUUGCACUGGAAAGAUCCAUGUGUUGGUUAAUAAUGUUUUGGUACCGUUGUCAUUGUAUACUCGUGUAGUUGAUGUUAUAGAAAAUAAUUCAUUUAUUCUGUAUUUACAAACUAAUCUUGGUUGUAUUAGUUUAGAAAAUGUAUUUGAAGAUACAAUCAAUCCAAAUAGCAUUACGUUUUCAUACAAAAAUAAAACAGUGACAAUUAAAAUAAUCGCCGAUCAAUACACACUCGAAGGAAACGAUUGUACGGACAUAUAUCCGAUUUUAAAUUAUUUCCUCGAUAAAUUACAAGAACAUCACACAAAAAUUGGAAUAAAUUUGAAAGUAACACUUAAAAUUGAUCCCGAGCUGUACAAACAUAUGGUUCAUCGAUUUUUAAAAACCAUCGAAAUGCACGCCAAGGAACGAAUUGUUUUGAAGAAAUUUGAGGCUGAACUAAACGUUUUACAAUCACAGUUCACUCUCAUUCAAAAGAAGCUGUUGAUCCAGUAUGGGUCUUUGCCACCGGGUGACUGUGAUGCCCUGGAGUUUCUAAUGCGAGACACACAUUCAAUAAUUGUUAGAACUACUGAAGAUGUCUUAGCAUGUAAAGAUAAAGUAAUUAGUAUAUCGUGCGAGGUGAGUGCAAUUGGACAUCUUUUGCUUUGCGUACUGAAACAUUCUGGUAUUGAAGAAGGUAAACUUCAAAUACUCGAAGAAACACUAUCAUUGGACACAUUCUGUGAUAAUAUUCAGGACUGGGAGGAGUCAGUUACUCAAGCGUCCUCCUACAUUCUCAACACAAUACUCAAGAAGAGCAAAGAUAAAGAAAAAAUAUCUCCCGUUACCGACCAAGAUAUUCUUUCACAAGUCAAUAUUAAAAGAUUCCUCAAGCAAACUAAGUUUAUACUCGAAAAUUUAACAGACAAAUCAGAAAAUAUAACACGUAUAGAAGAAGUCGUUGAAGUGAUUUAA